GGCGGGAGGCACGCCGCGGCCCUGGGAACGGAGCGGGCGGGGCCACGGCUGCAGCCGGAGCUUUUGCGGGACGGCACCCGGAAGCGCCCGGUGGCUGCGGCGAGCCGGGCCGGCGGAAGAAAGUAAUAAAGAAAUGUCUACCAAUUUAAAGUACCUUUCCUUGGGCAUCCUGGUUUUUCAGACCACAAGUUUAGUGUUGACAAUGCGUUACUCUCGGACACUGAAAGAAGAAGGACCUCGUUAUUUGUCCUCUACUGCAGUAGUUCUUGCUGAACUUCUGAAGAUUUUGUCCUGUGUUCUACUGGUCUACAAAGACAGCAAGUGCAAUUUACGGACCCUGAACAGAGUGCUACAUGAUGAAAUUCUUAAUAAGCCCAUGGAAACUCUUAAACUUGCCAUUCCUUCAGGAAUUUACACUCUUCAGAAUAACUUGCUCUAUGUAGCAUUGUCAAACCUAGAUGCAGCCACAUACCAGGUUACAUAUCAACUGAAAAUUCUUACCACAGCACUAUUUUCUGUGUCCAUGUUAAGCAAGAAAUUGGGUAUAUAUCAGUGGCUGUCGCUGGUAAUUUUAAUGACAGGAGUGGCAUUUGUGCAGUGGCCUUCAGACUCUCAAGCAACAGCUGCUAAGGAGCAUUCAGCAGGAUCUCAGUUUGUAGGCCUGAUGGCAGUUCUUAUAGCUUGCUUUUCUAGUGGAUUUGCAGGCGUUUAUUUUGAGAAAAUUUUAAAGGAAACUAAGCAGUCUGUGUGGAUAAGAAACAUUCAGCUUGGAUUCUUUGGCAGCAUUUUUGGACUGAUGGGUGUAUAUAUAUAUGAUGGAGAGCAGCUGUCCAAAAAUGGAUUUUUUCAAGGAUAUAAUAAACUUACUUGGAUAGUUGUUGUUCUACAGGCACUUGGAGGCCUGGUGAUUGCUGCUGUUAUAAAAUAUGCAGACAACAUUUUAAAGGGAUUUGCAACUUCUCUCUCUAUUAUACUUUCGACAUUGAUCUCCUAUUUCUGGCUUCAGGAUUUUGUCCCUACGAGUGUCUUUUUCUUCGGAGCCAUCCUUGUAAUAGCAGCUACUUUCCUAUAUGGUUAUGAUCCCAAACCUGCAGGAAAUCCCAUUAAGGCAUAGCUGACUACUUCAACCUGCUUCUCAAGAUCAUACACUGGGGGCCUUGCUAAAAAUGGCAUGUGGAAGGUGCCAUUGUGCACUGCAAGGGAAGGAUUACUACCCUGAAUCGAGUGAAGAAAUUUUUAUGAGUAGUUUUGAACAGCCAAACGGGUUAAAGAUGGAUGAUGAUACUGACUGGGACUGGUGGAAAAAAAUGACAGGGGAAAGCCCAGUGCAACUUGCUAAUAAAAACUUGAAGUGAACAAAAA